AAUUUUACUCAUAUGUCCACGAGCCUUCUUGAACGAAAGAUUUAAAUAGUUAUAUUUUGUCGGGACUCAAUAUGCAUGAACAUUUUUAGUCUGUUGUCGACACUGAAUCUAAAAAAUAGAAUAUCGUCAAAAAUUCAAGUGGAAAAUGCAUUAAAUGCUUUUCAUUUGGCUAAAAAAGCAAAGAAGGAUGAAGAACUUGAAUACUUUAAUCUCAUGGAUAGCUUUAACUCAGAUAAUAAAUGGAGCGAAUGCAUUACCUGUACAAAACAUUAAACAUUGCGGUAACCUGACAUGCUUCAACAAUGCAAACUGCGAUGCUGCAAGACAAAAAUGCGUAUGCCUAUCUGGAUAUGUGGGAACAACUUGCCACGAUGAUUUUGACGAAUGUGGUAUCGGAAAUCCCUGCAUGCACCGCGGAAUUUGCCAUAACACUAUUGGAAGCUAUAGAUGCAAGUGUUUGGAAGGUUGGUCUGGAGAUAUUCACUGUGAAAUAAAGGAAAAUUUGACAGAUGUUCACAAGUGCAUAUCGGGGUGGAUAGGAGAAUGGUGCCAGGAUCAAUGUAUAAACGAUUCAAUGUGUCGACCAACAGAAGUUUGUACAAAGCGAGGAAGAGGACUUCGCUGCGUUUGCGCUCCGGGAUGGCAUGGUAUUAAUUGUUCGGCUGACGUGAACGAAUGCUUGAACAAUCCAUGCCCAAAUACCCAUAUUUGUAUAAACACAUUAGGUUCAUUUGAAUGUCAAUGCCCGUCUGGCUGGAGAGGGAGAGACUGUGGUGAAGAUAUUGACGAGUGUUUGAUGUAUCCAUGUCAGCACUCCUCAACAUGUACGAAUAAACAAGGGUAUUACAACUGCACAUGCACACAAGGAUGGAAAGGGGAUAACUGUACUAACGACAUUGAUGAGUGUACUUCAAACCCGUGUUUAAAUGUGAAAACAAAAUGUUACAAUUCGCCGGGAUCAUUUGAAUGCAAAUGUUUGCAUGGAUGGGGCGGUAUUAACUGCGCGGAUGAUGUUGAUGAAUGUAAAAUACUUCCAUGUUUGAAUUCAGGGACAUGUUUUAACACUCCUGGUUCCUACAAAUGCAAAUGUCACGAUGGAUGGCAGGGAGAUAAAUGUGGUGAGGAUAUCAAUGAAUGCGAAAAUAAUCCAUGCAAUAUCACAUCCUCUUGUGUCAAUAGCCCCGGAUCUUUUACGUGUUGUAAAAGCCAGAUGAGCCCAAAAGGAAAAUUCGAUACCAGUGGAAAGAAAAUCAUCUUAUUUGUUUUACCAAGUUCAUUAAUUGUGGUGUGCAGCAUCGUAGUCUUCCUUGGAAUCAUGAAGUACAAAUGGAAUGCACGCCGUGAUGUUAUUAGGGUAGCACCUAACAACACAGACAACGUUAAUAUGAAAGGCAAAGAAGUGUUACAAAAACAACCGCAGCAACAGCAGCAACAGCAGCAGCAGCAACAACAACAACAGAAACAGCAACAACAGAAAACCAGGAACAACAACAAAUCACAAUAUCAUACUAUUGUUGUGAAAAAGAUUUACCGAGAGGAGAGACGUUUUGUUCAGCCUAAAUGGAACUUUUGAUGUAGACCUGACUAUAAAACAAGGGAGAAACGCUCCUUUGGUUUAUUACACUGAAUAUCAAUAUAACAAGUUACAAUCUUCACCAUAUGCGUUGUACUGUUUAUAUAUCUCAAACCUAUGUUAAAUUUUGUAACUACGCGUGAUGAACAUUGUAACCAGUAUUCGCAAUACAUAUUUUCCUACAAAAGACGUUUUUAUUCCUAGUUAACUCAUUCAU